AUGAUCGUAAAAGGCAAGGGAAACCACAUUCAUAUAAAAGCUAGGCCUAGACUAGCUCCAUCAUCAGUCAACAUUCAGUCACCUUCAGUUAACCCCAAUCACCUAAACAAUCCUGAUAUCAUCAUGGUUUCUUCAAAGAUCGCCAUUCUCGCUGUCGUCAUGUUCGCCUACAUCAUGCAUACGCAAGCUGCGUCAUCUGAUGACGAAGACAAGAAAAAUGACGGCGGCUUUUCUCUUAGCAACUUAGAAGAAGAGAAGAUUUUGUUAAAGAACUUUAACAAAAUCUUAUCAGAGAUCUCCAAGAACCCAACACAAACCUUCUCAAUCCUCACUAAUUCGAUUAAGGGAAAGGCGAAGGGUGCAUCGAAGAACAAGGGCUCCGACAAGGACGAUAACUAA